AUGGCGUCAGAUUUUCAAUCGGACUAUAGAUCCCAAAACGACAUCACAAACUGCUCAAUGGUCACUGCUGCAUUUCCUCAAUUAGAAAAGUCACAAGAAGAAUCCCUUGUGGACAACUUACUUCAAUGGUCCUUGGCCAAUGGAUUGGUAAUCUAUCCACCAAAUUUUAAAUCUUAUCAACCAGUUAGCGCUCCAACAACUCUUUAUCCAACUCCAUUCCCAAAAGUUGCAUUUCAAGACGCAAAAGAUGUUCAAUUGUUAUUUAAUGAACUAUAUGCUAAAGUCGCUAGUGAUGAAAAAUUCUUAUUUGGUAUUAUUGAUGAAUUAGCACAAUUUGAUUCAGAUUUUACAGGUAAAUUAUGGGAAACUUAUAUAAAAGCUAAAAAUCAAGGUAUUGUUCAACCUUUAUCCCUUGGGAUUUUCAGAUCAGAUUAUAUGGUUAAUGAAAUUGAGGGGAAAAAACCACAAAUUAAACAAAUUGAAUUCAAUACUGUUAGUGUUUCAUUUGGUGGAUUAUCUGAAAAAGUUGGUGAAUUACACAAUUAUUUAAAUAAUCAUGGUGAUUAUAGUUUAGAUGAAGAUUCUUCAAAAUUUUACAAGACUGAAGAUUUACCAAUCUCAGAUUCAAUUAAAAAAUUAAGUGAUGGUCUUGCAGAUGGUGAUUAUUAUUAUAAUAAUCAAAAAAAAUCCACUGGAACAAUAGUUUUAGUUGUUGUACAAGAUCGUGAAAGAAAUGUAUUUGAUCAAAGAUUAUUAGAAUUUGCAUUAUUAUCAAAUCAUGGUAUAAAAUCAAUAAGGCUUACAUUAUCAGAAAUUGAAUCUAAAACAUUUAUUGAACCGAAUUCGAAAAAAUUAUUUAUAAAGUCAACAAAUGAUGAAGUUUCAGUUGUUUAUUUUAGAUCUGGUUAUGCACCAACUGAUUUUAAUAGUCAAAAAGAUUGGGAUAAUAGAUUAAUUUUGGAAACUUCAAAAGCUAUUAAAGCUCCAACUUUAUUAACUCAAUUAGCAGGUGCUAAAAAAAUUCAACAAAUUUUAACAGAUGAAGAAAUAAUUUCAAAAUUUAUUACAAAAAAUCCUGAAACUGAAAAUAAUUUUAGUCAAUUAUUAGAUACAUUCGUUGCAAUUUAUCCAUUAGAUAAUUCACCAAAAGGUUUAGAUGCUAAAAAACUUGCAUUAGAAACACCAGAUAAUUUUGUUUUAAAACCACAAAGAGAAGGUGGUGGUAAUAAUAUAUACAAACAAGAUAUUCCAAAUUUCUUAAAAUCAAUACCUGAAAAAGAUUGGGCAGGUUAUAUAUUAAUGGAAUUAAUUCAUCCUCAACAUUAUCAAAAUAAAAUCCUUAGAGAUGGUGAAAUUUAUAAUGAACCAAUUAUUAGUGAAUUAGGUAGAUUUGGUACAAUUGUUUUCAAUCAAGAAUCUGGAGAAAUAUUAUCAAAUAAUGAUGCAGGUUGGUUAUUAAGAUCAAAAUUUGAAUCAUCAAAUGAAGGUGGUGUUGCAGCUGGAUUUGGUUGUGUUGAUAGUGUUGUAUUAAAUUAG